AUGAACGAAAACUUGAAGAGCUGCGAGCUAUCCCCGACAAUCUUCUAUGAUAGGCGAGCAGCUUCUUCGAUUAUCGCCAAAAUCCACCUCUCCCCGAAACCCCAGCUAGCAGCCCAAACCGGGAAUAGUCCACGCGCCGAACGCGACGCAGCUGAGCUCGCAGGCCAAACUGUCCAGUCAUUUGCCAACAAUCUGGUCUGCAUCUGCCCUAUGUGUCAGCAACUGCCUCGGCGAAAAGAUUGUCCAACAAUCAAAGAAAUUCCUCAAUUGAUACUGGUGAAACGAAGGCGGCUAAGUGAGUCGGGCUGCAGUCACCAGAUAAACCCUCGCGCACAUACAAAUUACAUCAUCAGUCAUAUGAGCGAAGAAAAAAACGAAAAAGGCAAAAGGACAUGA